UUGAAGUCAUAUGGUGGUGCGCGGUCAAUCGGCACUUACGGAUAAUGUCGCUGCGGCUAGAUAUCAUACGGAUUAAAAAUGCUUAGGCGGAUAAUUUUAGUUCGUUGUACCACGCGUAGUAUAACUGUAGUCUUCAGGCUCUUCACGAUUGCUUCCUCCAGUACGUGAAUCUCACGUAACAGCCCGAUGCACAGCCAUGCACACAUGGAUCCGACGAGCUUCAGACCUGUUCCAGUGGGGCUCCGGGAAGUCGAGGUCCACUCAGAAAUCGUCCGGAGCGUCGGAUGGAGAGCUAAUCUAUUGCAAGAACAAUAUCUGCGUCCACCCACCCGUCUCGGACAAGGCUGGUGUCUCCCAUCAUCCAGGAUACCUGACCAUCAAAGCUCAAAAUGAUCCGGUGGUUGGCUGCACGCUGUGGUUGACGUGGAUCCCGAACACCUCGCUCAAGAAGCACCCACACAGCCUGGAGAACCGCAGCACCUGCAGCUCUCCGUGCCGUAGCACCUGCCCAAGUACCUGCCCGAGUAUCUGCCCCAGCCCCACCUCCCUGAAACGCAUGGUUCCCUCUCUCGAAUUCCGCGACUCCGACAGACAGGACGAGUCGUGUCACAGAUGGCCAGAAGGACAGAGUAUCAGCUCCCUCGCCUCAGAAGUGGGCAGUCCUCGUGAAGAGGGUGGAAGCUUGGAUUCGUGGACGGCCAGCGACAGAGCGGAAAUGACUGCCUCCACCGUGGAGUCACCCGGACUUUCGCUGGAUCCAAGUGACGCGGAGAGCGGAACGCUGACGUGCGAACCGGCUUGUCCGGAGCAGGCCGGACCGCCGGAGCCGCCACCUCAGAGCCAGACUGAUUCCGGCAUCGGACCCGAAGAAGUGUCCGCCGCUUUGGAAUCUAUGAUCAGCUGCCUCGAUCGAAUAGGGACAGACGCUAAUGUCUGCACCGGAGGCACCAUCCACGAACAUCCAGAUUCUGCUGUUGGAAGCCUGUCGGAAAAAGAUAGCUCAGCGACAGAACGCGCCGCGGCACUGUGCGAGCCGGAAAGCCAAAGCGCGGAACUAGAGCAAGAAGUGAUAGGUAGUACUACGGACGUGUUGAAGGAAAAUGGAGAGCACGAAACGGAUUCUGUCGACAUCGAAGUCUGCUCUGGAUUGGAUACCUCCGACAGCAGGGAGAUACCAACGGUCAUGCUGAGCAGGCACAGUCGCAGCAGACACUCGGGCGGAAACUCUAGUUCCACGUCUACGUGUUCGUCGAGUUCUAGUUUUAGUUCUUCGGAGAGGGGAGCCGCUAAAUCCAGGAAGGAUACCACUGAGUCCCUCAGAACGCGACUGCUCCUGCAAGAGGGCACGCCUGAGUCGCUGGCAGUGGCUCACAACUUGGCUUUCCCGGAGCAGGUCCAGCCUUCCUCGUCGCCGGACUCCUCGAGGAGUCCGACCGCGUGCCGUCGCAUCACCUUGCUGAGGGAGAGUCCGUGCGGAGUGUUCUCGGUGGAUCUCAGCCACAUGCGCUCGCUUCGUCUGCUGUUCAGCAACAAGGAAUGCACAUGUGGCCAGCUGGUGAUUGCCAGUCGAGAGAGCCAAUACAAAAUAUUCCACUUCCAUCACGGAGGUCUGGACAGGUUGGCACAAGUCCUUGGAAGCUUAGACUUCUUGCUAAAAGGAAAGCACACGAACAGGAACGAAAGCUGCCCAUACGCCCACUUUUCUGUCUGGAAGCCGCAAGUGCCCGAUGAAGAAUGCCACCCGGAAGAAGGCAUCUUCACUCAAGUCGACGAAUCUGUCUGGAGAGGUCACAUGACAUCGGAGGGCGUGAUUGAGGACGAGCUACAGCUGAGAAAAGCUAUCUUCUUCAAGGGCCUCGACCCCAGGUUACGUAAGGAGGUGUGGCCUUUCCUCCUGCAGCACUACAGCUUUGCGUCCACUCUUGAGGAACGGGAACAGAUUCGCAACGACAAGUACAUCGAGUACCAGAACAUACGUCUGCUACGGGAGAACAUGAACGAAAAGGAGCGAGAGUGCUUUUGGCGCAACGUCGAGUGCAUCGUCGAGAAGGACGUCAUUCGUACCGACCGCACCAACCCGUUCUACGCUGGUGACGACAACCCCAACAUCGAAACCAUGAAGAAUAUCCUGCUAAAUUACGCGGCCUAUCAGCCUUGGAUGGGUUACACCCAGGGAAUGUCAGACCUUCUAGCGCCGGUCCUAACAGAGUUGCAGGAUGAGACGCAAGCCUUUUGGUGCUUUGUGGGCCUCAUGCAACACACCAUAUUUGUGUCUUCUCCCAGGGACGGUGACAUGGACACCAAUUUGAACUACCUGCGCGAACUGCUGCGAGUGAUGACUCCGCGUUUUUACGAGCACCUCAGUCACCGUCCCGAGGCGCUGGAGCUGCUCUUCGUGCAUCGGUGGCUCCUCCUGUGCCUGAAGCGCGAGUUCCGCGAAUCCGAGGCCCUGCAGAUGUGGGAGAGCUGUUGGGCCAGCCACCAGACGUGCCACUUCCACCUGUUCCUCUGCACCGCCAUUGUUGCCCUGUAUGGGGAAGAUGCCGUGGAACAGGACCUGAGGCCCGACGAGAUGCUUCUCUACUUUAGCUCCCUGGCCAUGCAUAUGGAUGGAGAGCUUGUACUCAGGAAGGCACGUGGUCUGCUGCACCAGUUCAGACUCCUUCCACGAGUUCCGUGCACGCUGGCUGGUCUCUGCGAACUCUGCGGAUCCGGAAUGUGGGACAGCCGGCCCGUUCCCCUCAUCGACUGUCGGGGCCACUACGGCGAACAGCGCUCCUGUCCCUGGGGGGGACAGGACCCCCCGCCGGGAACGGUGAAACACCUCUGACCCCCACCCAAGGUUGCCGGACACCCGUGCCAGUGUGGCCAUCCGUGCAUCUUCCCACCCAGAGACGUCGUGUGUUCUGUGCUCGGAAAAAUCUUCAGGCGACGCUGAUCCCUGCGAGGGGACACGCGGCGUCGUGCGCAGCCGCGGCUGUUUGCGGACCUUUGGGAGCUGGACGGUGCCUUCUUUACAUCCGUGGUCGUAAGGCGAGCCACGCGUUAAAGGCGAAAAGAGAUUACGAUGAAAUCAAAGCUAGUCACUUCUAGUCCCGAACGCAAGGGGACCAGUUUUUAGUAGGUGGAUGUUCGAAAUGCCGUAUUUUCCAGAGCACUUUAUUCUCUCAGCUGUUAUGACCGUGUGAGAUGUUGAGAUAUUACGGGAUUAUAACGAUCGAGUGUCCCACAUUGUGACAACCAACAUUGGGCAGGUAUUUUAGACGUGUCGUUGUUUUAGCAUGCCCGCAUAACCUGGUUAACCCGGGUAAACUGGGAAUUGUUUUUGCUUCUCCAUUUGGCAGCUUGAAACAUUGUGUGUUUGCGAAGAUUACGACUUGCGCACGAGCACUGUACGGGACUUACUUACGGGACUGUACGGGACUUACUUACGGGACUGUACGGGACUUUGACACCUAAGGUGCGUAGAGGCUGGACUCCAUACCUCGCAACAGUAGCCAAGCAGCUGCAACUAGCGCGUCUGCCGUUUUUUGCUUCUUCUGGACAUCUCACAGCUUACACGCAAUGCUGUGCUACAGGUGACUACAACAAUAGCAGUCAAUGGGGUGGGGUGGGGUGAGCACAGCUGCACCUGAAAAAGGAACUGUGCCCACAUAGUACCUCAAUCUACUCGGAUGAUGUACCCCGAACCAUGCCUUGAACAGAGAAAAAAAAAAUCGUGAAGCCCCUGAACGGGGUACACAAUGUGAGGAACACUUCAAUGUCAUUUGUGGGAAUUAUUGCAUGUAAAGUCGCUUGAUAGGCAGGCACACAUUCUUCCUGAUGCCAUUGAGUCAUGUGAUUGGCCCUGAGAAAUUACAUGAAGGAAGGUACAUUUGGGGAAAAACACAUGACAAGACACUGAAACCGGGAGGUCCUUAGGCCUUUGCACAACGGGUGGCGUUUCAAACCAUUGCAUGUUACGCAGAGCGUGCUGCUGUCUGGAAUACGCUGUCUACAGUCUUUCAUUUGCGAGCUAUGGGAUCCAGCCUUAACAGGUCCAUUAAAUCGUUCUAAAGCCUUUACUAGACAACCUGAUUUUGUUGCGCUGGAAACAACAGCUAAGUCAAGCGGAAUAGUGGCAGCCAAAGGACAGAAAUGUGCCAAAGCGCAAUUUGCUCUUGCAAAACUUGUGAAACAAAAAGUGCUAAAGUUGAAGCGCUAAUAACAAUCACACUCUCUUAGCUGGUCUCAAGUGUCUGUGUACAACCAGACCUCAUUGCCGGACUUUCCGACAUUAGUAUUUUCAUCAACUGCCCCCAUGCCCAGUAUUUCAUCUGUCGCAAAAAUAGUUCUUAGGGUCUGAGUGGAGACAAUCUCAACAAGGAGGAAACCUGUCCACUUACCAUUUCCCUUGGUUCGUUUCCUUGCAGAACUGUUAACACGUGCAAAUUGUUGCUAAGCGACGGCGAGUGGCAUGUUUUGAAGUUGUCCGUGUCAGUGUUUUGCCAUUUGUUGCUUUGUGAUGUGCUUUCUGCAUUAAUAAUCCUCUUCUAUUCUCGAUCCUUUUAGAUGUUGUGUGAAAGUGGGCUGUACAUACGUAUGCUACGCUUUGUGACGCAUCACUCGAAGUAGUGACAUCCGACGUUCCUUUGCUGUCAUCCUGUGCGACCACACUGUGUUCCUGAGGUGUUCACGUAAUGCUCAGUGCAGUAUCGCGAGAGCCAACGUGUCCUGCGGAGGACAUAUUUUUUGGCGUGCGUUUCUCAAUUUCUACAGUGUGCAGUCUGUACACACUGCGUUAUCCUGAUAUUGCCCAAAAGACGGUUGGUUCUUGUUUGCGAGACCAGACUGUCGUAGCACCAGUCCUUUUGUCUAGCGCAGCUCUUGUUAGGCACGAAGCGCUUUUCGUCACUGGUUUUCUCUCCACGCUCCCGUCUGUGGCACCGGUAAUGGCGGGAGUUAUACCAGAAAGACGAAGUCCCCCAAGCGUCUCUUUCGACGCAAAGCGUUGUUAAACGAGUACGCAUCCUUGAUGUGUACCGCUUGAAGUGUACUUAACUAUAGCACAGUUUCAUCAGAUAGGGCUGGAGCAGAGACACCCAAGUGGCGCUUAGGAAAGUUAGCAAGAGAAUCGUUCAAUUAGUUGACAAGAAAGUGUUUGAGCUAGGUCACUUAGCUGAUAGCUCUGCCAUGGGUAGGUUUGCUGUAUUCUGACCCAGUGCGUCUGGUUCACGACACGCUCAUCUCAAACAGAAGUGGUGCAGCCCUGCCCUUCUUUCCCUUCGUCUGUCCAGGGCGCCACUAGGGUGGCCCCGACCAGCUCCAGCAGGUGUAACGGUGUGAUUGUUAAAUAUGCCUUGAGCUGUACAUAAGCUUCCUGACAGAACUCUGUUUUUUUACGAUUUUCGAAGGUAAUGUUCUGGGUAAAUGUGCACACUUUUCUUGCGAUAUAACUAGUCAUUGUGGUGGUGUGUGCAUUUUUUGCCUCGCCCUAUUUUGUAGCAUGUAAUGUGGUCACGAUGCAUUCCUCUUUUUUUUUUUUUUUUACUCCUCUUGGAGUAAGAUUGGUGUUCAUUUUAUAGGCGUAUUUUCCGAGGCAACAUUCAACAGUAUUAUAAUACUAAUGCAGAACAAAAUGAGAUGCACAAGAUUGUUAACAAGAUACAUAACACCACAAUUUUUUUUGUAAUUUCUUGCAGCAUGGGCUCUGUGCAAAAUGAUGAUAGGGAUUUGAUGAUUGCCUGCACAGAAAUGUUACAAAAGUUAGCGCAAGAUACAAGCUUAGAAAAGUAAAACACGUAACAACUUCCAAUGCAGUAAUGCAUUUGUUCAGCAUUUCAGUUUAAAGAAAUGUUGGAUCCUUAAAUCUCUGUUUUGGAUUUCAAAGCUACCAUAAUUUAUUUUAUUCUUACAUGUGCGUGUUUGGCACUGUGAGGAAAAACAUUGCUAAGCGUGGUACCUGGACCCUUUUUUGUGUGUUUUUUCGGCACUCUCUGGCAGAUAUUUAUAGGUACACAUGUACAUAUGUGAUCAUGGUUGUGCAUUGGUAUAGUUAUGAGUAAAACAUGUGCCUCAAUCAGAUAAGUAUAUAUCCAUGAAGUGUGAAUAAAAUUUGUUUUUAUAAAAGUA